UGUGGAAGGGUGUUUUUUUUGACAGCUGUAUUACUGCUGAUAAGCGAGACUGUGUGAGCUGAUCAAGUAGUGAGACAAGCGUUCAGAGCAGUAGCAGCACAGCAGCAGCAGCGCUCUAGUCACUAGGAGCCGUGGCGGCAGAAGCAGCAGCAGCACUAUCAGUCACAGCGCAGGCAGCAGCGGCAGCAGCAGCAACAAACUCUCUCCUGUCUUUUUCUCUUCUUUGUGGAGUUGUUUCCUGCUCAGAGGACAAAAGCCAAGGAAGUAGGAGGGAAGUGAUCCAGGGCUGAUAGCUGCCAUCAAAAACAAAACCAAAACGCAGACCUGGCUGCCCCCAUGCCUAUCGAAUUUGUUUGCAAAAUCAAAUUUGCAGAGGAGGAUGAGAAGCAGAAGAGCAAGCAGGAUGGGGACAAGGAGAGCCUGAUCGAGGAGAGCUGCACGCCUCCAGCCAAGGACUUGGCCGGGUUUGCUAACUCCUGCUCCCUUCAUGGGAUUAACCACAUCUUUGUCUCUGGUCGCCUGGGCAUCCGGCAGACUCUCUGGGCUCUUGCCUUUUUGACUUCACUGGCGCUGUUUCUGUACCAAGCAGCUAAGUGUGCCAUCUCUUACCUGGAGCAUCCUCAUGUCACAGCUCUGAAUGAAGAGGCGACCCCCGAGAUGGUUUUCCCCGCUGUGACCAUCUGCAACAUCAACCGCUUUCGCUUCUCCGCUCUCACCGAUGCUGACAUCUACCACCUGGCUAACUUAACAGGUCUGCCCCCCAAAAACAGGGAUGGGCACAAACCUACUGAUUUAAUGUAUCCUGCACCUGACAUGCAGGACAUCUUCAACAGGACAGGACAUCAGUUAGAAGAGAUGCUCAUGAGCUGCAAUUUCAGUGGACAGAACUGCUCAGUCGAGGACUUCUCUGUGGUUUACACCAGAUAUGGGAAAUGCUACACUUUUAAUGGCAACAAGACUACAUCCAGGAAAACCAAGCAGGGUGGAAUGGGAAAUGGGCUGGAGAUCAUGCUGGAUAUACAGCAGGAUGAGUAUCUGCCCAUCUGGAGAGAGACAAAUGAGACGUCCCUGGAGGCCGGCAUCAGAGUUCAGAUCCACAGUCAAGAUGAGCCUCCCUACAUCCACCAGCUGGGCUUUGGUGUCUCCCCGGGUUUUCAGACCUUUGUUUCAUGUCAGGAGCAGAGGCUGACCUAUCUGCCCCAGCCCUGGGGGAACUGCCGCUCCACCAGCAAAGAGAAGUUCCCAGGAUACGACACAUACAGCAUCAGUGCCUGUCGCUUGCUCUGUGAGACUAACGAGGUCCUACGAGUUUGCAACUGCAGGAUGGUGCAUAUGCCUGGAACUGCAGAUAUCUGCCCUCCCAGUAAAAUCAACUGUGUUGACAAAGCACUCGCACAGCUACAGAAGAACAGUGGGGAUACGUGUCCAUGCGAGACACCCUGUAAUCUCACCCGCUACGGUAAAGAACUCUCCAUGGUCAAAAUCCCCAGCAAGGGCUCGGCCCGCUAUCUCUCCAGGAAAUAUGACAAGUCAGAAGACUACAUCAGAGACAACUUCCUGGUCUUAGAUAUCUUCUUUGAAGCUCUGAACUAUGAAACAAUUGAGCAAAAGAAAGCCUACGAUGUUGCAGGUUUAUUAGGUGACAUUGGUGGACAGAUGGGCUUAUUCAUUGGAGCCAGCAUCCUGACAAUCUUAGAAAUACUGGAUUAUAUCUAUGAGGUGAUCAAGCACCGGCUACAGCGCCUGCUGAGGCCGCAGAAAGAGGAGAAGAAGAGCAAGCAGCAGACCAGCACUGUUGCAACAGUGGGUCUGGAGGAAAUGAAAGCACAGCAGGAGCCUAAUGACAUGACACGGAGUCACCCAGAGGGAGCGUACGCCAACACAAUUCUCCCCAACCACCACCACCAUCACACCGGACACCAUGGGGUGUUUGAGGACUUCGCUUGCUAGAGCCCAACCAUCGUUUCCAAUCCUGGUGACAACAAAAGAUAUGAGCUGUCUGUGUUGAGAUCAGUCACAGACCCUUGGCAUUUCCGUCGUUCCUUUGCUGUCACCAGUGAAAAGCUACAGCCAAAGUCAAACACCAAACUUGUGCUGCUAACAAACCACUUGUACGUGCAGUGUGUAGGCACAAAUUGGACACAGCUUUUGUCUUUUCUCUCUCUCUCUCUCUCUCUCUCUCUCUCUCUCUCUUCUCUCUUUCUCUCUCUCUCUCUCUCUCUCUCCCCUCUCUCUCUCUCUCUCUGGAUGGGACCCCUCUCAGCGUUGCCCCGCUUCACAUGAGAAGUCAGGCAAUUUGUGAUUUCAGGACCAAUUUUUGGUACAUGAUCACUUCAAGGGAACAAAUGGAGGACUGCAUGUCACCUUGAUCCAGUUUAUACUCCAGAAAAGGAAAAAUCAAAUUUAUUUAUUCAGCUAACAUCUCAGAUUUUUUCUGUCUGUAUCCUUCCAUUUAUCCCUCCUCAAACUAUUUCUUCUAUUUCAUGGAAAACACUGUAUCAUAUCAGUCCAUUACACAUGAUAAAUUAUGUGAUUAUUUAAAGAGAUACUAUUAUCUAUAUGUUCUAUAUUGUAUAAAAGAUGAGCAUACUUGAGUAAGCAAAUCUUCAUGUUACAUUCAUCCAAAGUAUGAGGGGAAUUAUUUAGGCUGAAAUGUAUGACCUUGGCUUAGAAGUGCUAGCAGCAUCUUUCCACAUGAUACACUUUGUCUGGUUGUGGUUGAGGUGUUAGAGAGUAGCACUGUACUUGUACAUAAAGUCCAACUUUAAAAUGAGAAAGUUCUAAAAGUUCUGUUUUAAUUGUUGGUGUUUAUAUUCAGUUAAUAUAUAACUUAGAUAAUAUUAAUUUUAGUUAUUUAUACAUUUUAGAAAAUACUUUUAUAUGACAAUAGCAAUCACGAUUGUAGCAAUUAAUGUACACUUAAAAUCUGCAGAUAUGUUAGACUGCCACACAUCAAUACAUUUGUCGGGGUAACAAAAAUGGACUGUAUGGAUCACGACUAUUAUCUCCAUCAUUUCCUUUUAUAUGUCCUGCUUUUUACCAAACUGUUAAAGCAUUUUCCAAGACAACACACAAAUCUUGAUUCCUCUUGGACGAGGAAUGGAUGAUGUUUUCAGUUAUGACAUGGUUGUCCUUAAAUUACUCUUACUUAUUUGAUUCAUUUCUGUCCACCAUCCACUCUUCACUUUGGUUAGCAUCAUAACUUUAAGCUGACAUAAGCAAUAAGAGACAGAAUCUAAUUUUUGCCAAGUCAUCUCCUGCAGCUGUGGGCCAGAACCACUGUAAAAGCAUAGCAGCUAUUUACAGUGUGUGUGUGUGUGUGUGUGUGUGUGUGUGUGUGUGUGUGCGUGCGUGCGUGCAGGUGUAUGUGUUUGUUUGCAUGUGCACUUUAACAUUUUGCACACAUGACUGAGCACAUUAGACAGACGCGGCUCGACUGAGCUGAUCCAUGAAAAAAGGGGGGUUUAGAAUCAGAAUAGUUUGCUGGAAAGCUUGGAGAGUUUUAUUGCAGUAGUAAAGUUUUUAUCUAAAAAAUCCAUAUACAGCCUCAGGGAGGAGUGUAAUGUAAACAUUAUUCUGAAGGCUGAAAUAUUCUUAUUUGUUUACUUAAAACUAAAAGUGGCAGACAAAGACACCACAAAUUUUAAAAGCACAAGUUUGCAAAGUGGGAAUAAAAAUUGAAACCUUACAUUAAUUCAUUCAUAAUAAUAUUUGUCAUCAUGAUGGAAGGUCAGCUUGCUCUCUGCCAGCUAUUUUACACCUCAUGAACUUAACAACCUGUAACAUCGGGAUCCCCAUAACCAGAUCUUUUAAGAACUUGUGAGGAUUUGGCUCAAGAUUCUUCAUGACCAGUUUCUCAAAAUUGCACAGAGUGCUUUCAACCACUUUGCAGUUUCUCAGUUGCCCUGCUCCAUAUAGAUGCAGUAGUAAAAAAAAAAAAAAAAAAAAGGCAGUUGCUGUUGUUGUUGUGUUUGUUGUGGUUAUUUUUGUGAUGUUACAACACAUCUGCUUGAUCAAUUAUAGUCUGCAUCACUUUCGGCAAAUUUACUUUGAGCAUCACCUCCUGGGCAAUGCUGAAAUCUAGUUCCAGGAACUCUACAGUACAGUACUGAAAAUUUUAAGACUAGCUAACCAAACCAGCUAACCUCGCAUUACCUGACACCAGUAUUUAUGUUAGUAGCAUGAAUUAAUUGCUCUUUUUCAUACCCUUUUACCUUUUGUCAUCAUCACUGGGCUUCAAUCUUAUUAAGUUACUUACAGUACAGUCAGACUUGCCUUGUCUUUUGCAAGUGUUGCAUGCUUAGCUCAGCUUCAUCUUCACUGAGAACCAUGAGAGAGACCUUUGAUGACCUGACCUGCAAAAUGUUAAACAUGUUGCUUUAUUAGUAUUUUUUAAUUUCUUUUGAUUUAAGAGAAGUCCAACAUAACCACUAACACAUUCAGUUGUAAUAUGGGACAACAUGUGCUCAAUCACAAAACAGAUACUUUCAUUUUAAUGGACAUGAUCAUAGCACGCAGGCAGCUAAUUUGCUAACAUACUGGAGUUGGUUUGGAGGAGCUUGUCUUGGCAGGAUGGUAUGUUUGAAAGCAGACAUCACAUGUCAGACAUCAUGUGUCUGAUUUGGUGCACAGUGUGAACAAAAAAUGUUGGACUAAAUGUCAAAAUGUGGCAGACAGUCAUUUGUCCAGUAGAUUUAUGAAAUACUUAUACAUCAUAGCAUAUCAUGUUUAUGAAUGAUAAGAUAAUUAUUUAUCUGUUAAUCUGAUUGGUGCAAUCUGUUGCCACUGUAUAGCUAUACAUCCCUUUUGCUCACAGUGAGAUUCUGACAGUUUUCCAUCUGUCAAAUCCCCUCCUCCUGUCAAGUAAUCAUGGGCUAUACAUGGCUGUUUAAUAUUCAUAAUCAUGUGUCACUUUGACAUUUUCAAAAGGUUCCCAAUCACAGUCUCUGAUGGCAUUCCUGUACAGGCUAUGCAUAACAAUAUUCUCCUCUGUCAUCAAUAAUUGUUGCUAUCCUCAGACAAGUCACACAGGGGCUGGGGUGUUGAGAUGAAUACAGGGCUGUAUUAUCACUGUAGAGUUUUGUUUGAAUGGUAUAGCCCGGAGGUGUUGUAGAAAUCCUCGAGAUGCUGUGUUUCGCUGCACUGUAAAGCACAACCUGGUUAAUUCUGUAUCCAAAAGCAUUUAAAAUCACAGAUAAGUCUGAUUACAAAGAGCUGAUGUUACAACAGCAGUCUGUGUGAAGUUCCAUGGGACUGAGCAGUGGGCAGCAUGUCUGUACUGUAGCAGAUGGGACAACUUCCCUGCUUGAUAACAUGUAGCUCACAUUCCUGAGAUUCCUCAAGCCUCCACUCUAAUCUCCCUUCUUGUACAGCUCUUUAAAACAACCUUUUUAUAGCUCCAUGAUAUCCAGCUUGUGUGUGCUUAUUGCAUUAUCCAUAAAAAUCAGUUUAAUCCAAUCAGCCACCGAUGUUUAGUUUUGAAUAUCUGCUUUUCUGUCCUUUUUUUCCAGCUGAAUAUUUUUUAGCUGAGGCCUGAAGAGAAAAAUAUAAGUGCAGGGUGAUGCAAGCAACUGUCAGGAAUUCAUAUGAAGAAAUUUCAUCCCAUAUCUGACAGAAAUGGAAAUGGACCAUGCCUGCAGCAACAAGGAACGCUUACAUUUUGUACAAAGUGUGAUCUUGUGAUUAUUUCCUGUUAGAACACAUUUUAUAAAUGUUAAAUAUGGUAAAUACAAUGACUAUUAAAGUUUAGAUAAAAACCGGUGCCUCCUAAAUUCAGAGC